AUGGCCCCAUUGACCUUGCAGGAGCGCAUCGAAGGCCUCGUCGUCUACCGCGCGUGCUUUGGCCACAGCUGGGUCCCGAACCGGUUCGUUGUACCACACGCUGACCCGUGGCCGCGUCGGCUGCGCGGCGCCGCGCUCGGACGCGACACGGACGCGCUGCGCAGCCUCAUGGUCCGGCUCGAGCCGUACCUCGAAGACGCCUUGGAGAACCUCGGCUUUGUCUGGUUCAAGCGCUACGAUCGAGCCAUUGCGCGCUGCUUCGACACGUCGACGGGGCUCAAGCACAUGACCGCGUAUCAGUAUGUGCUGGAGGCACUCAAGCGCUUCCACGCGCUGCACGGCCACGUGUGCGUGCCCGAAGGGUUUGUCGUGCCCAAGGACGACACCUCGUGGCCCACAGCCUUACGCAACGUCGACCUCGCCCACGCGCUGCACAUACUCGAGGUCCAUCCAUACGCGCUCUCGACGGCCGAGCAUACGACGGCCCAUGGCCUCGGCCUCGUUCUCGACGCCCCGCUCUGGGCCGACGUGAUCGAAAUGCUUGACAUCUACAAGAACAUGAACGGCGCCGCUGAUGUGCCCGUCGACUAUGUCGUACACGCCACACGCAAGCGCAGUGCCGACGGAGCGCUAGUGUGGCCAUCGAGGUACGACGGUGUCAAGCUCGGCGAGGUCGCGCGCCGCGUGUGGCUCCUCUCGGUGCAGUUGCCGGCGCACCGCCAGGACGACCUCGCCGCCGUCAAGUUUGCUUUCGACACACUCACGUCGUGGAGGACCGUCUUGCGGGCCAAAGCCGCGUUCGCAUCCGUGCACGGCCAUGACGACGUCCCGGUGUCUUACGUCGUGCCCUUUGACGACGCCAUGAUGCCGGUCCAGUGGCGCGGGUUCCGUCUGGGGCACUACCUGCUCCUGCACCGGCAGUCCACAGGCCGCUUUGAUCGGCCAAGCAUCGAGCCCAUCUACGAGAUGGCCGCACGCCCCGACCUGUCGCACCUGGAUCGUCUCGUCGUGGGUCUCAAGAGGUAUGUGAACGUGUUCGGUGACUCGCUGGUCCCGCCUACGUUUGUCGUGCCGGCGUCCUCAUCACGCUGGCCCAAGCAACUGUGGCAGUUUGCCCUCGGUGACGCUGUGGCGUCGCUGCGAGCCGACGGCGCGGCCCUCUCCGCCCUUGAGCGCGCGACCGUCAAUGACACUGGCUUUGUGUGGGACCCGUCUCUCGCAGCCAUGUGGCCCGACCUGCUCCACGCACUCUCCACGUGGCGUGACGCGCACCGCGAUGCGCCGUUCGAUGACGCGUUUGUGUGUCCGCUCGAGUGGCCUGCCGCGGUCGCCGGAAAACCGCUGGGGCAUCUUGCGACGCUGCUUGCAGUCCACGACGACUUCCGCUCGGACGCCCAGAAACGGGCCGUGCGACUGCACCAAAUCGACCUCGACGCGCGCUGGUCGGCCAAGCGCGCGGCCCUCGCCUUCUACUUCGUGCUGCACCAGCACCUGCGCGUGCCAAGCGACUUUGUUGUGCCGUCCGGCGGGGGCUGGCCACCGGCGUCUGCUGGCAUGCCCCUCGGCGCCGUUGUCAAAUGGCUGCGUCAAGUGCCACCCGCCGCGAUGGUCUAUGCGAGGCGGCGAGAGCUCGAGGCGCUUCAGUUCGAGUGGUUCUCGACCGCGCCAGCCACCGAGGUGGACGCCCCGACCGAGUUGCCGCAAGCAUCCAAGGUUCACGCCUCAGAAGCGAAGGAUGAGGACGACGUUGAUUGGGUUAAAUGGACGAUGGCCCUCACAAAGUUCAAGCUUCUGGAAGGCCACAUUGACGUCCCGGUAGAUUAUAUGGUUCCAACGACGGACGUUAGGUGGCCCGCGCCGCUGCACCGAUUUCCGCUUGGCGCUGUGCUCGCCGACGUCCAGUCCGGUGCCACCGCGCCUCCAGCGUGGUCCGCAACCAAGUGCAGCACAUAGGCAUUACCUUGGACGCCUUAUAAGCCGC